UCUACUUCAUAGAGAUGUAUUUACUCACACUCAUACCCUAGCCACAACUCGGAACCCCUAAACGGGAAACUUCUCCUUUAAGAACACUAUUACCUUGCAAAAAGGCAAGGUGAUGGAUCUUGCUUCUUUUGCCCUCAUCCCCACCCACCCCAGCCUCUCCUACCUUAAAAAAAAAAAAAAAAUGUAUGAUUCAGUGUGUGCACACGCAGACGUUGCGUUGCCACCUUCCCCUCCCCCCGUAUUUAGUUUUUAAUAUUUUUUUUUCCAUCCUCCUCCUCUUCCCCCUCCCCUUCCUUCCUUCCCUCUUUUCCAGAUUGUGCUUUGAAGGUUGGAUUGAAUGGGAGAGAGUUCGGCUCUCUUUGUCAUUUUUCUUCCCUCCCAACGGUGUUCAAGCUCCUUCCGGGUCAACAAUAAUUAUCAUCCUUCUAAUCACACCCGAGAUCGCCAGCACCACUAGGCAGCAGAGGCCGACCACAGCCCCGCAGGUUGCUGGAGGGGUGGAGGAAAGGGGGAAGGGCGGGGGGAUACGGGGGCGGGGAGGGGAGAGUAGAGAAGGAGGGCGGAGGAGGAGGAGGGUGAGGAGGGUGAGAAAAAAGAGAAGGAGCCAGUCUGGUGGCGGGAGAGAAGAAUGGGAGUAAGGGGCAAAAGAGAGCCAAGUAGUGUCACGGCUGCUAGAAAGACUGGGAGCUCCGAGACUCGCUCCUGGAGCUUCUGAAUCCCGGAGGGCUUGGCAAGAUCGCAGUGAGCUGGCGAACCUGGGCACAGUAACUGCAGAGACUAGGGUAUGGAGAGGAACAGCUCGGGCGGAGCGAAGCUGAGUGCCAGCCACCGCCUGGCAGGGGAUGGGCAGCAGCAGCAGCCCCUGAAGUCCUGUACCCUGGGCAGCAGCAGCGGCGGUGGUGGCGGCGCUGGCGGUGCCCCUCGGGGCCAGGCUGGGGCGGCGGCGGAUCUCGGGGAGCUCCUCCAGAGAGCCCAGGAUUUCAAGAACCAAGGAGCGCAGUGCUACAAAGACAAAAAAUUCCGCGAAGCCAUUGGCAAAUACCACCGGGCACUUCUGGAGCUCAAGGGGCUGCUGCCAGCCCUGGAGGAGCGGGACAAGGACACCCAAGCACCUUCCACCACCCACGGGGCCAAGCUGUGCCACCUAACCGAGGAGCAGAGCAAGACCGUGGAAGCCGUAGAAAUCGACUGUUACAACAGCCUGGCAGCCUGCCUACUCCAAGCUGAAUUGGUGAAUUAUGAACGAGUCAAGGAGUAUUGUCUCAAAGUUCUGAAGAAAGAAGGGGAAAAUUUCAAAGCUCUCUACCGAUCAGGCGUGGCUUUUUACCACCUGGGUGACUAUGACAAGGCACUCUACUACCUGAAAGAAGCAAGGUCCCGGCAACCAACAGAUACCAAUGUGAUACGGUAUAUCCAGCUGACAGAGAUGAAGCUCAGCAGAUGUUCCCAGAGAGAGAAAGAAGCCUUGUAACCAGGAAGCUUCCUCCAGAGAGGGACCCAUGGUGGACAUUGUGCUUCCAGGGGCCCAGCAGGCGGAUUUCCCUUUCCUGGGUUUGGUCUUUUUCCUGCACUUCUCCCAUCUUCCUUCAAAAGCCCCCAUAACUCUUUGUCUGCUCCCCGUAUGAAGGGAAAGAGGGAGCGAGCAAGAUGAAGCCGGCAUAACACUUGGCCACUUGUCAGAAAACGGUCGAAGCCCUACUCCUUGGAUGAGAAGAAGCCUGAAGAGGAGAUUGGGUCAAACUGGGAAAGGUUUAGCCGGUGGUUUCCAUACCUGAAAGGCAAUUCAUGUUAAAGGCAACCUUAAUUAAGUCUGUGAGCUAUAGUCCCUUCUAAUCAGCCCCCUGAUGGACGAAGCCAUCCCUCCCCAGCCCUAACAGACACAUCUGGGAGACGGGCACGGAAAGAGCUGGAGACCUCAACCCUCUCCUAGAGGGAUGUAGAUGUAUAUACUGAUGUCCCUCCCCGUCUAGUACUCCUGUUCUUGGCUCCUGUUGCAAUCUAUGUGCCCCAAAUCCCAGAUCUCCCUUUGGGGUUCUAGGUCUAGGUCUCUGUUAUAGGCUUAUCUGUCCCUGAAGCCCCCACUAAAUGCCUUUUCAAUGAACUUCCAUGCCAUUCUCAUAGAGCAAUGCUGAUGGCAGAAAGGGGCAGGUUUGGGAAAGUUAAGGCAAGGGAAGGCGGGAGGGGAGGGGAGACUCCCCAGUGGGAGGGAGGGCAGUGAGGCAAAAGCUGAAAAAGCUUUGUAUAAAUCAGGGGAUAAAACUAUGGACAAAUUAAGUGCAAAUAAAAAUAAAUUAAUAGGUGAUAAUUCCUGUCAUUUCUUUUAGAAAUUGCCCACCCCCAACCACUUUUUCCUCCCCUCAUCCCAUACACUGAAGUCAAGGAUGUACUCACGCAGCACUGGAUGACCUCCAAAGCAGCUGGCCAUUUACUUAGUUCCCUGUGGAGUUGCUUAUACUCUGUACUGUGCGUCCUUUGCAGCGGUGUCUACCCCAGCAUGUGUGCUCCCAAUGGAAUUCAGCAAGCAUUUAUCAAGCACCUUCUUUGUAUGUUCUAGGACUGUUCGAGGUGCUGGGGACACAAAGACAUGAUACAAAGAGUCCCUGCCCUCGAGGAGCUUUCAUUAUUCCCUUCAUGAACUUAAGUUUAAUCUAGUCAAAGUUGGGGAGAAAGACUUCACUUGAGUGAUAAGUUCAUUUCUGGACAGCUAUAAUAGUUAGGAAGUUUUCCCUCAUUUUGAGACACAAUCUGUCUUCUUGUAACUUCCACCCAUGAGUCCUUGAUUUUACCUUCCUGGGCCAAACAAAGCAAAUUGAAUCUAUCUGUCACAUAACCACUAAAUGUCCACCACCUAAGAUUUUUCUUCUCUAGACUAAACGUCCCAACGGGUUUUCUACUCUUUCAGUAUCAUGUCGAUCGCUCUCCAGUAGGCAUUCUCCAUUUUGACCCUACCUUCCUUAAAAUAGGGCAUUCAGAGCUCCGCUCAGCAUUCCAAAUGUGUUCUGAAUGGAACUGAGUGCAAUGACCUCCCACCCUCCCCUUCCAAGAUCUGGACAUCAUGCCCUGGAAUUGCAUUAGCUUUUCCAGCAGCCAAAGCACACUGCUGACUUCUAUGGCAUUCAUAGUCACUUAAAAAUUCCUUGGGUCUUUGUCACAUGAAUUGCAUUCUAGGCUUAUCUUCCUCACUUUGUAUUUGUGCAGUUGAUUUUUUUGAGUCCAACAUCAGGACAUUGUGCUUACCCUUACUGAAUUUCAUCUUUACUUCGACCCAACAUUCUGAUUUGCUGAAAUCUUUUCGGAUCCCACAUCUAAGAUUCCAUUGUAUUAUUGAUCUCUCCUAGCUCAAGAACAACCAUUUCAUAAAAUCAGCUAUAGAAUCUGCUUUUCUGAUGACAUUGAUAUUAGUUCUGUUUUCCUAAGUUAUCCUUUUCUUUUGCCUACCAGUUCUCAAACAUUUUGGCUCAGGAUGCCUUUACCUUCUUAUAAAUUAUUGAAGAUCCUAAAGAUCUUUAGUUUAUAUGACUUAUAGCUAAUGUUAUUUACUAUAGUAGAAUAAUAAUAAUAGAUAAAAUUUUAAAAUAUGUAUUCAUUAACAAUAGAAAUAAGCCCAUUACAUGUUAACAGAAAUGGCAAUUUUUUGUGAAAAAUACUAUUUUCCCAAACAAAAAAAUUGAAAAGAGUGGCAUUGCUUCACAUAUUUUCGCAAAUCUCAUUAAUGUCUGGCUUAUUGGAAAACUGCUAGGUUUCCAUAUCAGGUUUUGCACUCAAUCUAUUGUGAUAAGUUGUUUUGGUUGAAAUUUAUGAAGGAAAUCUGGCUACAGAGAUAUGUAGUUGGAAAAGGGAGGAAUAUUUUGGUAGGCAAAUAACAUCUUAGCAUUAUUAUGAAAAAUUUAUGACCUCAAGGACCCCCUGAAAAGGUCAUGAGGAAUCCCCUGGGUCCAUGGAACACAUUUUGAAACCUGUUGCAUUAACCCAUGAUCUAGAUAUUGAGAGCAAGUGAAGAGUUGGAGGUUGAAUUUCAUCUUUCAUUCUCCUCAGCUCCAGGUUAACAGGACUUCAUGAUUAUAUUGCACUUUAUAGUUUACAAAGCACUUUCCUCACAAGAAUCCUAUAAGGCAGGCAGUGUUAUCUCCACUUUACAGAUGAGAAAAUAGUAUCAUUGCUAAGUAUAUCUGCCCAGGAAAAUCAAACAGUAAGCAUGUGCUAAGUGCUUAUUUAUUAUGUAUCAAGCUGUUGGGGAUACAAAGACAAACACAAAACUUUUCCUGUCCUCAAAUGCAACAAAAAGGGGAUAGGAGAGUUAAUAGCAAAGAGGGAAUCUGGAAAGACCUCAUGUAGGAGGUGGUGGAAUUUAGGCUGCACUUUGAAGAUGGUCAGGAAUCUAAAAGGGGAAUCUAGGUGUUGUCGUAAAAAGAGCUCUAGAUUUGGAGUCAAGAAACUUAACUAUGGUUAAAUUUGGCUUCAGAUGCUAGCUGUGUGACCCUGAGCAAGUCACUUAACCCUGUUGGCCUUAGUUUCCUCAUCUCUCAAAUAAGCUGGAGAAGGAAAUGGCAAGCUACACUGGUAUCUUUGUCAAGAAAACCCCAGAAGGGGUCACAAAGGGUCAUCCACAACUGAAAUGAUUCAACAACUUCGGAUUCUAAGAGGUAGAGGUGAGGGAGGCAUAUAGCUAAUAAGUGUCAGAUCCAGCUUUUACUUUGGGUUCUAAACACUUAGCCCGGAAGUAUUUCUUCUUUGAUUGAUUCAUUGCCUUCUGAUUUGAGGUCCAGCCUCUUUCCAUUACAUCCCACUGUUUUUCUUCCUACUCCCUAUACAGUAUUGAUUCCAAGAUGGAAAGUAAGGGGUUAAAAAAAAAACAAUUAGAGUCCAAUUCUCCUGACUUCUUUCUCCUGAUUCUUCUAUCAAUAAAUGUUCAUUUAAAACUUGAUUAGGACUGUAUGGUACAAGAACAAAUCAAUCACGUUCUGAAUAAGUACUUACUGAUGAUACAAAGCAAUAUGAGACAUGUAGUAUCAUAGACUUGAGUUGGAAGAGACUUUAGAGUUGAAUGAAUCCCACUCCUUUAUUUAAGAGAUGAGUACACUAAGACCCAGAGAGUCUUAAGUAAAUUCAUCCAAACACCUAUAGGCGGAGAAUGGCUGAGAGAAGAAAUAAUCCACAUUCUCUGUCUUCUAAUCCAACACUUCCCAGCUUGUGGAGUGAUUGUCAACACUCACUCACUCUUACCACUUUGCAGUCUGGAGUGGUAAAUCUCAUGGAACAAGGGAAUUACCAAACUUCAAAAACAAUCAAUCCAGACAAUUUGAUGCAGGACAAGAAUGUAGGAUUUGGAAUCAGGAGAGAUUUAAAUUUCAUUGCAGAUCAAAACUGUAACUAAGGUAGGGUGACUGAAACAUUUUUCCAGGGAGCUGAAACUUAAAGAGUGCAAACAGGUCCCAGAGCAUAUUUCUUCUCCUCGUCUAGAAGCUGUAACCUUCCUCAUCCCCUGACACCCUUGUGAGCUCUCCUCGCCUCUACUUCCCACAGGCAUAAAAAAUUCCUAUUUAAAGCUCUGAAACUCACUAGCUAUAUGACCAUAGGUAAAUUAUUUUACUUCUCUGAACCUCAGUUUCUUAUCUGAAAAAUGGAGAAAAUAAUGCCUAUAAUACUUAAUCCAUAAGGUUGUUGUGAGGUUCAACUGAGAUAACAGGUUAAGUGCUUUGCAAAUCUUAAAGCUUUAAUUAAUGCCAGCAAUUGUUAUUAUUAUUGCUAGUAAUAAUAAUUUCAUUCUCAUCUUUUUGACUACUGAUACUGAUUUUGAAUUCUGAUAAAAAGAGUCCUGGAAUAAGCCACUAUCAUGCUACCAUAUUUUUAUAUCUAAUGUUUUGUAAAAUCUUGCAUAAAUGGAUAAAAUAUCUGUUCUUUGUAACUGAAUAAAAAUAUUAGAAUGUACGCUUAUCUCCUAUGGGUUCACUGAAAGUAUCUUUGAGACAACUCUAGUAGCAGAUAGGCUGAAAGUGAUAAUAUGUACCCUAUUUCAUCUCCGCCCAUGAAUUUUUUUCCUCUGCUGCUUUUCUAAAAUUUGAAAGUAUAUCGUUCCACAUAGAUUGAAGAUUAUGAUAUUUAUUUGUUUGUUUUAAUAGAUCAAUGUCAUUUCCAUGUGAUUAUGGGCAAUAGUUCAGUCUGUAAAAAUGGUAUGUUUGAUUAGUUUAUUGACUUUGUUCUCCAAGAUCUUGAUGGGGGAGGGAGGGUAUCUGUAUUUGUAGUAUGGGAAUUUGUCAUCUAUCAAGCCACAAAAGACUGAGCAAAGCUUCUGAUGCAUAAUUCUAGCCACCAGGUCAAGCCUUGCUAAGUAUUCAGUAGGUGCUACAUUUUUACAGUCUAUAUGGUAUGAUUUGCAUACUUUCUAUGCCAUUUCCUUGUAUUAUUUACACUGAUCACUAAGUCUGAGCUUCCAUUGGAUAAUCCUUCUGUAAUUUCCGGUGGUAGUGUUCUCUUUUGGAAUUGUUGUCAUUACUCCUUCCAUUGCCCUCCAAAAAUCUAUGUGACAGCCAUUCGUUUAAUGCUCCCUUGGUGACAUUGUUGACUGAAUUGACACAAAUGUCAACCAUGAAGCAUUUUUUAAAUUCUAUUUUCGAUAUUAGCUGUUUCAUAGACUCCAUCUAAGAGUAAAUCACUUUAAGUUACAUUCGACAAAUCCAACAGCAUUUACUUGUUAUUAGCCUUUACUUGGCAAAGUGAUGUCUGCUUGUUCUAAAAGUAUUCUGUAGGUUUUUGACCUGUAAAUCAUGUGCUCUAAAAACUAUCUAUCAACAAAAGGCAGUAUAAAUGUUAUAGCAUUUUCAUGUGGUUUGUUCAAUAAUUACCAGGUCACUAAUAAGUUUCCUUUUACACUCCUAGAACUUUUGGGCACACAUUUUUGCUAAGCCAAUAUGUUGUUUUCUUAUGUGUUUAUAGUUUUUUUUCAUGGUACUCCAAAUGCUUUUUAUAAAGUACUUUAAAGUGUAAUUCCCUUAUAUUUGAGGAAGUAAUUGGUGUUCUCAUCUUUUAGUAAUAGAUAUGUGAUGCUUUCUGUUAAGCUGGUAAAGUGCCUUGCUAAUAAUUCAUGCUCUACUAUGGAACAUCUGAGCCAAUAAUUAUGGAUCUUAUUGACGAUGAUGAUGAUUAUAAUGAUGAUGAUAUUGAUGUUUUCAUCUUCAUGUUCAAUGGAGUACAAAUAGAAACAGUCCUAGAACAAGUCACACUAUCUUACUGCUAUUGUGCUUUUAUGUUUAAUGUUUAGCCUAUUAUUGUGUGAGUAGAUUAAGUGAUUGAUUUUUUUUGUAAUUGAAUUAAAGUGUUGGGAUGCAAAUUUA